UUGCGUCGUUGUCGCCUUCACGCAGGUUCCUGCAAACUCACACCGUUUCUCGGCGAACAUGGCGGCAACUUGACCACGGUAGCGAGAUGAAGACGGCGAGGGCUUGAAAAAGAAAAGAGGUCUGUUACAGGCUGCAGGCCCAUCCGCCGACACAAAGGCAGACUCCUUCGCCAUGGUGGAAGACGACGGCGCCCUUGUCCCUGCACGACCGAGGCCGGGGAAAACGUAAGCGCGUCGGUGAGUGUUUCUAAAAACGGAGUCGAAGCUACGCACAGUAGCGGAGCGGCGCGGCGCGGAGCUCUGGGCGGACGGGGAGGACAGCGGCUUCACCGGUCAGCCAUGGAGAAUGCGGCCCGUGGUCGCCAGCGUCUGAUUUCCCAUCCAGCCCACGCUCAUUUUGAUGGGAAUUACCGCUAAUAGCAGAUUGAAGCCGGGACAACCCACUACCCGACACUUUAGGGGAGGAAAUCGCGAAGCGCUCCCGACGUCAAUGACUGUUGCGGCAGAGGAGCCCCCACGGUGGAGUCGGCCGGUUCCCAAAAUAUGACCAGGGGUGCUGGGACGUGUUGGCAGCAAGAAGAUGACGACGGCUUCCAAAUUUGGCUAGAGCCCUCUCGUGACAACCAAAAGCCAUUCACCGACUCAGAGAGGGCGCAGAGAUGGCGACUGUCCUUGGCAUCCCUCCUGUUCUUAACCAUCCUCCUCUCUGAUCACCUGUGGUUCUGCGCCGAGGCCAAACUGGCCCGGACCCGGGACAAGUUCGCAUCCACCCACCUCCUCUCACCCCAGACCCACUCAGCACACAGCAGCCUCAGAGGAAAACCACAUGCUAUUUUUAUAGGAAACUCUACCAAACAUUUGUGGCGGCUGGAAACUUGCCACCAGGAUAGUUUAUCGACCGACUGCUUUACUUUCGCAAACGCAGAUGAUUUGUGCACGGGCCUUUCCGACCAAGAGGGGACGCGGGCUGUAAAUAUGAGCGAUUUGUACCUUUCCUUUUGUAACUCCUACUCUCUGCUGGAUUUGUUUAACGGCUCGACAAGUCCGGACAAUUUGAACUGCAGCCUCGACGUGCUCGCGGAUGGCGACGCGACCAGAUGCAGCGAGUGCGUCCAGGCGUACCAGCGCUACGACCAGCACGCCCAGGAGAAAUACGAAGACUUUGAGCUCCUGACUCUGAAAUAUGAGCCGGGGGCAUAUUCAGUGAGGACGUGCAUGGAGCAGUGCAAGGUGGCCUACAAGCCCUGGUUAUGUGCUCAGUAUUUCCCCACCACCCAGAGGUCCUGUCAGAAGACUGUACCGUGCCACCAGUACUGCCUGGAGGUCCAGCAGAGCUGUCCGUUCAUCCUGCCUGACAACGACGACCUGAUUCAUGGCGGAAGCCCCAGCUUCAUCUGCACAGGGCUUUUGGGAGAUCAUCCUUCAGACAUUGAGGCAGAGUGCUGCGACGUCCGAUGGGACUCCAAAAUGGACAGCCCUUCAGGGGGCACACUAAAAAGAACUGCUACUUCCUGUCAGCCCGAAGGCGCCUCAGUCACUUCCGCCGCCACCCCGAGACUGUGCAGCGGGCGACUGAAGAUCUGCCUGCUGGCGCUAGUCCUCCUACACACUGUCAUCAUCAUAUCAGCCUCCCAUAAUUCUACGUUGGUGGGCAUGGCUGCCAUUUUCUCGCCAGAGGAGGGUGCUUCAAAUGAGGAGUGAACCUUGGAUGUGGAAAAAGAGUGAUGUCACCAGAGCAGGAUUAUUGCUUUAACAGUGUCAUGGUUGCCAGGGACACAUCUGGCAAGACGCGAUAGAGAUGUCGCUACAAUCUGCUGCCAAUAAACCAUCAACCACAGGAAGUGGGAGGAUUUAACUGGAGCUAAGAGUACUGGCAUUGGCCAUCAACCCCACCAAGAUGUUUGAGGACCAUCCCCAUAAACAACUGACCUUUUGCCACUUGAAACCUGCUCAUUGUUUCUAUCCCAUCCAAAUGUUUUCUAGCAUAUUGUCCCUCUUCUCCUUCCCGUCCUACCCCCUUCCUCAACUUUAAGUGUGUGUAUGGGUGGCAUGUCAAAGGAAAAAUGGACAUGAAGUUUGAGCUCUAACUCAUCGUUUCUUUUAGAUUUUUGCUGCACUUUUUCAGGUGCCAGAAUGUUUUGACAUAUCAGCUGUGUUCCACUUCCUGUUCCUUAUCACCUUAGAGGCAUCUCCUUUAGUAUCUUGUAUGUGAUGCUGCUCAAGGGCCUGCAGGUAUCAGCUUAUCCAUCUCUUAGGUGUGGGUCUUGCUUCACUAAAAACAAAAUGUAUGUGGUUCUUCUGUAUUUUGACAUCCAGCUUUUUUUUUUUUUUUUGUUUGUUUGUUUGUUUUGUUUUUUUUUCUUAUUUCUUACUGGACCUUUUCUCAACCCCUUACAGACAGUACAUGCCUAAGCAUUUUAGGACCUCAAGUGCUCUGAGACUGGCUCACUUUCUCCACUGACUUGCAGACGUGAAGUGGAAAAGGUAGCGGCAGUUCAGUUCGUGAUUCUUAGGGUGUCGCAGGAGUCGAUGCUGAGCUUAAGCACAGCGCAGCGUUUCUCCACAGAAGUGGUGUUUUCUGUUCCUUUUAAGACAUCAGUUUACCUCAAAUGGUGGUCUUGCGAACAGGCAGCCCAGUGGCUCAUCAUAACAGGGUGCUGCAGAUAAUUAAAGCUGUUGUACAUGAGACUGCAGGGACAACCCAGGGACACUAGAGUUGCAUGAAGCCAAAACACCAGGGGGCCUCAUUUAUCAACCAAUCAUUAGCUGGUUUCCUCAAGCAGAAUUCAUGCUUAGAAGCUUUGUCUGCUUUUGAGACCAAAACCUAGGCAUGCUUAACUAAAGACAUAAACUAACCCUACAGCAAAGUGUUUUAUUUCUUUUUAAUGUGGCCUAACGUCUAUUUUCUCAUUAUGAGAACAUGUUAUUGAAUUCUCAGAAAAUGUCAAAUUAAAGCAGCUUCAAGUUGUGAAGGAAAAAAGAUUCAAUGAUGGGAAAUAUAACCUAAAAUAUUCCUGCUCAACCUCAUCUCUGAACUUGCUCAUGCCAUAAAAAGCAAAGGAAAAAUCGACAGGUGGAAAAACCAUCUGUAGGUGGUCAGCUGACCUCAUAUUAUCUGUUUUCAGGGUGUAGUUGGACGUAGCAAAUGGAGCAGUACCAUUGAAAACCACAGGGGCAGUGUUGCGCAGCAUAGCUACCAUGCAACCAGCAAAAGUAUGAAAGAAGAAGUCACAAUGCUUCUUAUUUUUUUGGACUAUUUUAUUUACAAUUUUAUGAAUCUGCAUAUUCAGAAACAUGCCAACAUGACAACCUAUAUGAUUUAAAUAUGUUGCCAAAUUUCCCAAAAUUUCAACCAUUCAU